AUGGCCGCUUUGGCGAGGGCGGCGGCGAACAGUAGUGCCAUUACCGCCACCGGCACCAACUUCACUCUCACCGGCGACUCCAUGUCCUACCUCUUCCACGUCGACCCAUCAACCCUCGAACUCAUAUCCGACCACUUCGGCGGCCCGACCGACGACUUCAUUCCACCAGCGUACAUCAACCCAUCCGGCUGGUCUGAUGGUCUGACAAAUGUCCGCCGUGAGUUCCCAGACGUCGGACGAAGCGACUUCCGCCUGCCAGCAAUCCACAUCCUGCACUCAGGUGGCGACACAGUGUCGGAAUUUAACUAUCAAAACCAUGAGAUUAGCGCUGGUAAACCCGGCCUUGACGGUCUGCCAGCUACCUACGGAGGUGAGGGCGAUGUGACGACUUUGAGGGUGCACCUUUACGACAACUACUCCGAUGUUGCGGCUGUGCUGUCGUAUUCCAUCUUCCCGAAGUACAACGCCAUUGCGAGGAGUUUUCAGAUCUCCAACAAUGGAUCGAACGAGAUCUCGAUUGAGAGAGGAGCGAGCUUCAGCACUGAUCUGCCGAAUCUAGAUCUGGAGUUGAUUGAGUUGCAGGGAGAUUGGGCGCAUGAGAGGAACAGGGUUAGGAGGAAGGUGCAGUAUGGCGAGACUGGCUUCCGAAGCACAGAAGGCUAUUCUUCCCACGUCUUCAAUCCCUUCUUCGCCCUCGUUCCCCCCAGCACCACCGAAUCAUCCGGCGAGGCCUGGGGCUUCAACCUCGUCUACACCGGCUCCCACGCCACCAACGUCGAACGCUUCAGCCAUGGCUACGUGCGCGUAUUGAUGGGCAUGAACCCCCUGCACUUCUCCUGGCCCCUCCAACCUGGCGAAACCUUCACCUCCCCCGAAGCCAUCGCCGUGUACUCCUCCGAGGGCCUGAACGGCAUGUCCCAGUCCUUCCACGACCUCUACCGCAAUCAUCUAUCCCGCUCGGACUAUACAGCUCAAACCCGCCCAAUCCUAUUGAACUCCUGGGAGGGCUUGGGGUUCGACUACAACCAAACCACCAUGGAACACCUCGCCGACGAAACCGCCGGUCUCGGCCUCAGCUUAUUCGUAAUGGACGACGGCUGGUUCGGCGACGAAUACCCACGCACAUCCGACGACGCAGGCUUAGGCGACUGGACACCCAACCCCGACCGCUUCCCCAACGGCCUGCGCCCGUACGUCGCCAACGUCGAGAACCAAACCGUCGCGCAGUCCGGCGGUCAAGACCUCAAAUUCGGCAUCUGGGUUGAGCCCGAAAUGGUCAACCCCAACUCGACCCUCUACCACACCCACCCGGACUGGGUCCUCCACGACCGCCGCUACCCGCGCACCCUCACGCGCAACCAACUAGUCCUCAACCUCGGACUCCCCGAAGUCCAAGACUACGUCAUCGCCGCCAUGACCAACAUCUUCUCCUCCGCCUCAAUCGACUACGUGAAAUGGGACAACAACCGCGGGAUGCACGAGCUCCCCUCCCCCGCCGCCGCGCACGCGUACAUGCUGGGCAUCUACCGCGUCAUCGACAACCUGACCACCACUUUCCCGUCCAUCCUAUUCGAAGGCUGCGCGUCAGGAGGCGGGAGGUUCGAUCCAGGACUGCUGUAUUACUGGCCGCAGCACUGGACGAGCGAUAACACCGACGCUGCUGACCGUCUCAACAUCCAAAUCGGCACUUCGUACGCCUACCCCCCGAGCGCGAUGGGAUGUCACGUCAGCGCCAUCCCCAACGGCAACACCGGCCGGAACAUCAGUAUAACCUAUCGCGCGCAUGUGGCGCUAAUGUGCGGCUCCUUCGGCUUCGAGCUCAACCCCUCUGAACUCUCGUCCGAAGAACGCGAUGCCAUCCCAGGGAUCCUCGAAGCCCACAGCGUGAUAAACCCGAUAGUCAUCUACGGGUCCUUCUACCGCAUCGCCGAGCCGCAGAACAGCAACUGGCCGGCUGUGCAGGUGAUGAGUGAGGAUGGCGGGACGGGGGUGGUGUUUGCGUUCCAGCAGAAGGCUGCGAUUAAGCCUGCGCCGCCUCCGUUGCGGUUGUUGGGGUUGGAAACAGAAGCGAGAUACCUGGUGAACAGCGACAGUCUUAAUGGAACUUAUUCGGGUAAGUCAUUGAUGAAUGGGGGAAUUAAUUUGUAUUUCGAAGGAGACUACGACAGCCAGCUCGUAUAUCUGCACAGGCAGUGA